AUGCCACCAGAGUGCCGAAUGACCCUUGAGGCUCGCAGAGAGGACAAUGACACAGACACUGCACUUCUGGUGAAACUUCAGGAUUUAAAAAUAGGCGACCAAGCCCUAGAAGUGAAGAAUUCUGUCAAGCAGUUGAAAAGGGCAAUUCAAGAGGCAGUACAUGAUCUUGCAAUGAAAGAAAUCUUAAAAAACUCUAGUAGUGAAAUUUUUAUGAACAGACCUCCCUUAGGCACACAACAAUCAAGAACAUAUAUGUGCAUGAAAUUGCCCCUUGCAGUGUUGAUCCUUACUUCAUUCAAAGAGGGAAUGUUGAAGGACUAUUUAACAACCUCUUGGCUCUAAAACCUGCUCAGGAAGAAGAGACCACACUACAAAACUGGGGAUGACCAGUACAUAUAUUUUUGUCCCUCUGUUGUGACAAGGGCAAAGCAUUAUGGAGAAACUGAAUGUUUCAAAUUGAUGGUCUACACAAUCAUCAUGUCUCAUAUCCAGAUCCAGAGAUUUGCCCAUCCAAACUUGUGAUAUUUGAUAUCACUAUCAUGCAAACACUUGAAUUAGGGUUAACCACAAAGUAAAAAAAAGCGAAAAAGGGCCACUUAUCACUCCAUGUUUGCAGAUCACCUUCAAUAUCACAAGCAAAGUUAUCUCAAGCAUGUAACUCCUCUAGGUAGGCUUACCAAUAUCACAGGCAUGGUGCAAAAGACAUUUCCACGCACAUUUCUUUGUGAUUUUUUAUUUUUAUAAGUGGGUUAGCCUUCCGCAUUUCGCUCUCUUAAGUGCUGUGAGAGGAACAAACACCGACAUUGUUUUUUCUUGUAGAUCACUAAGGAAAUGGAUGUAGGGAAUUCCCUUCUUCAAAGCAAUAACAAGCAACUCCAAAACGAAACACAAGACAUCUAUAGAGCACACAUUAUUUUGUGCAAACAUGGACUUCUUGCAAACAGUAGGUUUCAUAUCUUUUUUUCCACUGUUGGUGCUCUAAUUCAUGUUUGGAGUUAGUUCAAUAUCCAUUUUCAAAUAAGAUAGUUAAAUAUUUUCGAAUUCAUUAAUUAGGAGUUAAGAAUGGAUUUCAAUUCUUUUUCCUAAUUUACUUCUGCAGAUUUCAUUUUUCUAACUUGAGGGUUUGUUAAAAAUGUUAGUUUGAUAUCCAUUUCACAUAAAUAGAUAUUUUUUUAAUUUGAUUCAUUCUUUUCUUCUAGUACACAUUUUUCCAAAUUCAUUUCAUAAAUUUAAUUUUAAUUUAUUAAAUAUUAUUCCUAGUUGAAGGGCUUGUGAGCCCUGUAAUAUUAAUAUUUAUUUCCUAUUUGCAAUUAGUUUUAAAUUUUUAACAUCUUUGUAUUUCUCAGCUAGUUUUAAGUCUUAGCUCAGUCAUCUAUGAAGUGCAGAUCCUUUUGUAAACCAUGUGAUUGUGAUGUUGGUUUCCAUAAUAGAUUAUCAUUAUUAUAUUAUUUGCUGAGGUGAAAAAGUCAGCACUCAGUAGGGCAUAGAGGGGUUGACCAAAUGGUAUAACCAAGAGAGAUGUAUCUUUCUUAUCAACAAAUGCAUUGGCUAGUGAGCCUACCCGUGUUUUUUCAGUGUCAAAGGAACUACCAAAUGUCAACAUCAAGAAACCUUGAAUGGAUGUUUACAACCCACACAUUGGAGGUGUAGGCCACGCAGAUCAACUUUACAGGUUCUCCUUCCCUUAAGUGGUAUUGAUACAAUUUAGUCUCUAUUUAGCUCAACUCUUUAAUUAAAACAAUUCUUCAGCUUUAAUUCAGACUUCUUUAUUCUGCUUCAAUUGCCUCUAAAAUUUGUUUACCAUGUAUAACUUGAUUUUGCUUUCAAAUUUCAUGAGAAUGCUGAUUAAGCCACAGGAAUGAUGAGGUUAGGCCUCACUUGCAAAAAGUAGAAAAUAGGCUUAAAGAAACUCUCUUAAACACAGUGGGCAUCCUGUCAAGACCUUGGCCAGGUGGAAAAGAAAUUGGCUGCUUUGUUUGAACAGUUUACAUUCUGUUUUAACCAAUGGUUUUGUUUAUCAUCUCAAAAGAUUGUCCCAGCAUCAUAGCUUCCAACUUUGAUUUUUUUCUUCACUGUUGGCACCUCCUCAUUAUACCACACAAACAAUAAGAAUAAAGGUAGUAAGGAAUAGUGUUAGUUUGGUUUUUGAUAUGUUGGUAUGAUACCUUAGGAUGUUGAGCCAGAGACUACAAUGGAGAUGUAAGAGGUCUGUCUGAGGCAGCCAUCUCUUAAAAGAAACAAAGCUGUGGUGGCCAAUAUCAAAAAAAGUAAAGACGACAAAGGUUCUUUAUGUGUUUCUCAAGUUUAAGAAAUGCUGACACAAUUUAAGCAUGAAAUGGUGUAACAGAUUAUCAUUUAUUAAUUACUUAUUUCGAUAUAUUUCAAUUCCAUUGAGAUUGAAGGGAAUGAAAUUAUAUAACUUUGCCAGGCCCAUAAAAAGAACUGUAAUGAGCCAGAGGCCCAUCAACCAAGCUAACACAACUCCACCAACAGCAUCAGUGACAAGUUCACUAUGAGGCGAUUAAUAAGUCACUUAAAAGUGUAUUGCUGUGUGUUCUUUGCACAAUAUAAGGUGUCUGAGAUCUUACCUGCUGGAUUGUUAAGGAUGAUCACUAGAGAACUUGAGCCUAACAUAUUCUUAUUUAGAGCUGUAUCAUGGACAAGUAACUUUAAAAGAGGCAGGAGAAACAAUAAACUGUUACAGCCAUCUCUGUGCGUGUCUGAAGCACACUUGCUCAAGACCACGUUGCUAUGUAUAAUAGCAGUGCAGUUGAUAACUACUGUCAUUUUGUAUCAUUCAGGGAUAACUUGAGUAUCAAUCAGUUUGCAUAUAAUUUUUUUAAGUAAUCUUUUAAUCUACAAUCAAUUCAUGAGAGAUCAUAAUAGCCUUCAUCCAUCAUUGACACUUGUAAAAGUUAAUGUUACCAUCCACCAUCACCAAAAUUGAUACCCAAUUAGCAGUUGAUUCAACAAAAAUCUGGUUUACUUUUUCAUUAAUCUUUCUCACUAAGAAAUUUUUCUACAUUGUAUUAUUAUAAUAUGGGUGAAUAUUGUGUCCUAGAUCUUGAUCUAUAAAUAUUUGGUUUUUUUUAUAGCUACAUAACUCUUUUAUGCACACAAACGGGUGUACACUGACCAAGAUGCUUACAUAUUCAUGUUACUUUCAAACCAAGUUAUAAAAAGAAGAGUAUUGUCCAGAUUUUGAAAUUUGACAAGGCCCCCAAGCUAUUGUACUCAUAAUCAUAGGCCACAUUUCUUUGCCUCAAGUGUCUACGAAGUCUAAUCAAAGGCUGAUUAAUGCCAAGCAUCUCUUCGUCACCUGGAUUCCCUCAGAGUAACUAGAUGGCAUUUCCACUAUUGUUAUGAAAUGUUAGAUGAAUUUGGAAAAGACUCUGCCACCUCUAACAGGAAGGUAAAGAAUGAUACAACACUAUAAGAGCUGUUUUGCUUGUAGGCAUAAGCCUAUAUUUCUUGCUGCUGAAUGGCAUUAAACUUUCCUCAAUAAGAGACCUUUUUACUAGCAGGAAAUCUCCAUUCCACUGCAAAUCUGUUUACAGUGUUUUGCUUGCCACAGUCAUGUCAACAACAGUCCACCACAAGAGUAAACAAACCACAAUCUGGAGAAAUUUCUGAUGAGAGGAAAAAGUUACACGUGUCCAGUACCCCUCGCCCUGAUCAAAUAUCUGGCCUUCUAAAAUAAGAACACUGCACUAGCAUUCAUCGAAGUUAACAUUUAACAUUCAGAACAUAUUCCAUUUAUCAAUAGCUCCUCCAACCCUUGAAAUGACAAUCUUCCAAAUGCCAAAUUUUCUUAAAAAUUGCUCAUAUCAAUUUCCCUUAAAGUCUAUGGUUAUUGUUAAAUUGAAUCAUUGCAAAUAAAAACAUGCUUAAGUUCACCUUGUGAAUCUCAUUUUGACUUCAUGAGCUCUUGGAAGAUCUUACAGUGUUCAAUACUGGUUUAGAUUUGAUUAAGAAAUCUGGAAAUUAUUUCUGAAUUUCUUUUUUAUCAUUAUCCCCAGUUAUAGGUCUUUCAAGAACAGCUUCUAAGCUUCCUCUUUCCAAUGCACACACACACCAUAUAGAUAGGUAGUGGAUGAUUGAUGUGUUGAUUGAUUUUUUCCAAGGUAUGAUUCAUAACUAUUUAAGAUAGGAUAGAACUUUCACAUCAGCUUAUGCUGCGUCAAGCUGUGCAUAGUCAUAAUAGAUAGGUAAGUUGGAUUUCCUAUGCUAUCAUGUAAAAUGCAACCCUUUAAACUGUGCAAAUAUUCAUUAAGGUCACAGGCAGUUCAGUUAUGUUUCUAGACGAAGACAAUAUCCUUUUGCAAGUUUUUCUGCACAUUUAGAUGCUCAAUGUUCUCCUUACAUUCGAAAUUACAGCUAAGACUUAAUGAAGAAGCUGGAUUAGAUAACUUAGCACAGUCAACUUGCAGUGCAUUUAAAAACACAUUAGCCUCUGAACAGGAUAUGCUGUUAGCACUGUAUUUCCACAAAUACAUAUGUUUCAAACAUACAAGCUUAGACAAAAAAUAACUUACAACAUUAGUAUAACAUGACAUCUCAUGUUGAGCUGCACAAUGCAAAUGUCAACAAGAAUAUUUAUAUUUACUUAAAUGAAUGGAUAGAACCUUUAUAAUCAGUUAUAAACUUCUUCAACAUCACUGUAAGUUGUUCUUAUUUGUGCUCUCACAUUUCACCCAUUUAAGGCUUUGCACAACCUUUACUUCUUAUUGUAUGGGCAUGUCCUUACUCAGCAUUUUAUACCUAAUAUGCAAAUAUGAACAAAAAAAAAAACAUAGGAAAAAAAAUACAGGUAUGCAAUGUUGCAAUAUUUCUGUUUUGAAUUUUUUUUGUCUUUUCUCAAAUGUUGUUCUUCAACUACAAUGAACACAACAGUGAAAAUUUAUAGCCAUUAUAUUUCAUUAAGGAUCAAUUUCACUUGUAUGCAGGUCAAUCCACCUCUAAAAGAGUCCACUUUGAGAUGUUUUAUUCAUAAUAUCUCUCCCUUAAAAACGAGUGUCUUCUUCAACACUCUAAAGACAGUUAUCAUUAGCACAGAACCAUGAACUGCAUUUGAAAGAACACUGACUGACUUAGAUGUUAUCAUGGCUUCAACGAUAUUAACAGUUCAAUGUAAAGUCAAGGGCAUACAGCAAGCCACCAACAAAAUUUCAUGCGUUUCAUGCUUUAAAAAAGUUAUCCCUAGUACAGAUAAUAAUAGAAUAAUUUAUUGACUUCUAAGACGCAAAUUCUAUGUAUAUAUUCAAAAAAUUACAAUAAACUAAAGACAAAAUAAAAAUAAUAAUAAUUUGAAUACAAAAUAACAAUUAAAAACGAUUCAUAAUAAAUAAGAUAUAUAACACAUAACUAACAACUUAUUAUUACUUGAAAUGUUCUAUUUAAACGUUAUCAAUGAAUAAAUAACUACAAAAACUUUAUCAAGUAUAAAAUGCUUUCUUGAAAAGAAACGUCUUAAGCUUCGAUCUAAAAUUAUUAAUAGAACUAGAUUGUCGUAUAUCCCUUGGUAAAUUAUUUCAUAGUCUAGGUGCCACAAACAUAAAUGCCUCGUCACCAAGUGUUGCCUUAAACUUAAAACUAGGAUAAUUGAGUAAGGUCUUAUCCCUGGAAUUCCUUAAAUCUUGACUCGGGCUUGCGUGUAAUUAGAGAACUCAGGUAAGACAGUGCAAAACCCUUAAAAAUCUUGAAAACAAUUAAUACAAUCUUAGAUUCAAUUCUUAAAUUAAUAGGUAACCAGUGCAACUCCAUCAAUAAAGGAGUAAUGUGACAAUAUUUACUUUCAUUGCAUAUUAGUCUAGCACACGUGUUGAACACAUUGCAAUUUGUUGAUUUGAUAUUCUGGGGCACCAUACAAUAAACUAUUGCAAUAGUCAAUUCUGCUUGAGAUAAAGGCAUGGACCAGAGUUUUUGUGUUCUCUUUAGACAGGUAUUUUCUUAUCCUCCUCAGAUUGUACAAGUAGUAAGAGGCACAGUUGCAUGUUCUUGUAAUAUGAGUUGCCAUUGUGAGUUUUGCAUCGAACCAUGAGCCCAAGGUCCUCGCAGAUGAUGUGGGAGUAAUUGCUGAGUUGCCAACACAGAGACUGGAAUUAGUUACUUUAGCGAGUUGCUGGGAUGUACCAAUGAUUGGAAACUCAGUCUUGUCGUCAUUCAGUUUCAAUUUAUCAUUCAACAUCCAAUUACAAAUAUCAUCAAUUCAGCUUUCCAUUCUAGCCAAAGCAACAUCUUGGUUAACACUGGCAUUGGGGCAGAAGGACAAAUAAAGUUGGCUGUCAUUUGCAUAACAAUGAAUGCCUGGCAGAUGUUUGUCCACGAUUUUAAAAAUCUUGCUUGCAUACAAUACAAAAAAUAAUGGACCGAGGCAUGAGCCCUGAGAGACACCACAAGACAGUUCAAAGUUCAUAGAGAGGGAACCAUUAAUAAGUAUUUGCUGGGAUCUGUUACUUAGAUAAGAUGCAAACCAUGACAGUGCUGUACCAGGAAUCCCAAACCCAGAUUAAAGUCUCUCCAGUAAAAUACAAUGGUUAAUGGUGUCAAAUGCCGCACUCAAGUCUAACAAAACAAACAAACUUCUUGAGACAGAGAACUAAACUUGAAGAGUAGAGAAUCAAUUUCGAUGUCAUUAGAAUCGCGGCCUAUGGAAGCUUGUUGUUUAUCAUGAUUAUCAAGGUCUAGACAAAUAUUGGCAAUUUUCUUAAUGAAAAACAUACCCAUCUCAUAAGCUAAUUUCUGUUUGUCUUCAUGUGGUGGCAAAAAUGGAGUACCUGUGAUGUUCAAGAGUUUCUUGCUUACUUUAAACAGAUGUUUUUUAUUUUAACUAUUUCCUGCUAUGAGAGUACUAUAAUAGACCCCCCUAGCCUCAUUCAUAAGAAAAGUCAUAUGGUUCCUUCUUCUCUUAAAAACAGCUAGAUCAGACCGGCAUUUGGAAGAUCUCCAUUUUAUCUCUGCUUUUCGACGUUGACCCUUAGCUUCUAUGACAUUACUACUCAUCCAAGGGGUGCUUGGACGAGUGAACAGUCUUUUUUAUGUCAUUGGUGCACGACGAUCCAAAAUGGAGUGCAUACAGUUGUUAUACAGCUCUGCAACUUCAUUACAAUCAUUUGAAGCGAUGUUGCACAAAUCACUACUAGCAAUAUCAUUUUUAAAAGCAACUAAAUCCAGGGACUUGAGCUUCCUGAAACUGAUGUGUUUAACAGUAGCCAGUACUUUUGUAACAUUAAGACAGCACAAAACAGAGCAGUGAUCGGAAAGAAAGCUAUCUGGGGAAGGUGUACCUUUAAUGAUAUUGUCAGAGCUGUGAGUAAUUAUCAGAUCCAAAAUAUGCCCCAUUACAUGUGUAGGUGAUUUUACAUGUUGAAUAAGACAACGAUUCCAAUAGAUCUACAAACGCAACGGUAUCCGCAACAUCACUAACAUCAAGGUGAACAUUGAAGUCACCAGAUAUGCAAAUUGGCACUUUAGAUGGUACCAAUGAUUCCAGGUAUUCACUAAAUUCAGGAAAAAAAGUACUCGAAGUAACGGGGUGAGCAGCAGAAUACAGUGGUCUGUACACAAUCACAAGUCUAAGCUGUAAAGAUAAACCAUCAAUCAUAUAUUCAGAAAACUCAAAAGAUGUCUUUUCACCAGUGGAAAGUCGACGUAUGUUGAGACUCUCUCUACAUAAAAGUGCAGUACCACCCCCUCUAGGAUCAGUAUGAGGACAAUGAAACAAUCUGUACCUAUUAGGAGUGAUCUCUUUGCAGACUGCAGCAUCAUUCUGGGUUAACCAUGUUUCAGUAAUAGCAAAAAUAUCAGCUUUGCAAUCUUGAACAUAAUCACAAAAGGAUGCAGAUAUAUUUCUCAGAGAACGAGCAUUCAACAAACAAAAGGUCAGAUUAGAAUAACAAUGAUUAACUUGAUUAGUGUCAGGACCAGGAUUCAACUUGAAAAGAAUGUCUUUGAAAGAUUCUUUUAGUUGGCAGUGAGUGUCAGUACGAGCGCGGUUUGUGGACGUGAAGCACUUGAAAAAUACGGAUGCCCAGAUAUUGCAAUAUCUGAGAUCCGUUACGGGGGAAUUGACGGAGCGCGAUCGACGGAAAAUUUUAAAAGGUGCUUAAAAUAGAAUCAGAACUGUGACCCUGAAGUAUCACGCCAUCUCGUUACUCAUUUGAUGCAAUCGAGGCUGAUGACUAACUGAGAGCUGUGGUUGCAAAGAAAAUCGACUCAAAAGACUUGAAAUUGACGGAACCUCAAGCAUAGUGCAUGAUGCAGAGGUUAUACUGCGUACGACGAGAAAUUUCCUGUGCGGCAAAUAUGUCAUCAUGUUUUCUACAAAAUUUAUGUGCAGGCCAUUCUCGCCAGACUGUUUCAUUACAUGCAACCAAACCAGCACAGUUGAUCGACAAUUUGUCAGGGCUUAGAAGAAAAUCGUAUUUAAACGAAGCCAAUAUGGCGGACAGCCACGUUUUCCGGAGCUCUCACGUUAUUGCUCUUUUGCUCCUGGGUAUCAUUCUCAGCGCUGGAAGAUUAAGUUUCGAGGACGGGUUUUGCUCCACUACAAUGCCUAAUCUGAAGUUCGGCAUGCAUGGUCUACCUGUGGAAGCGCUAACGGCAUAUUUCAUUCUCGACCCAGCGUGGGACAACUGCCGCCAUGAUUCUAAAGUUUACCGGGUAAAAGGCUAUCUAAGAGCCACAGUGAGCCGAUAUCCCAACUCGGCUUCAACAUUUCAAAUAUCUCGCUUAAUUAUUAGUGGAGAUAUCGCUGAAAAUCCCGGACCAACUUCGAACAAACAAAGCUGUCCCAAGUGCUCAAGAACCAUCGCUCAAAACCACAGAACGCUCACGUGCAACACUUGUGAUCUCAAGUACCACAUCAAGUGCGGUAAUGUUACGCCCAAGGACUUCAAACUAAUUCAGAGGACUGCAGCAAUGAUCUGGAAAUGCCCUGUCUGUUUGCAAGACAUUUCGCUCGAUUUCAACGAGCUUCCUUUUGCUUCUCUCUCAGAAGAAUCUUUUAACUCUACAGUGAGAACGGAUCCACCUUACAACGAAUCAUCACAAACCAACUCUAACAGUGAUCAAUUGCUUGAAAUUCAAUAGCAUUUAGGGCUUCUAUUGUGUGGAAUCUCCUUACCUCGGAUCUCGCAAACACAUCCAAUGUCAAGAACUAUACAAGAAUGGCCUCCAAAUCAAACAAAUUACGUAACUUAGACUUUCAGGCGGAAUCUCCGCAAACAAUGCCUCACAAUAAUGAUAACGAUUUUCUAUAUUAUUGAGACGAUUUUAAUAUAUUUUUAUUCCUUAGGUUUUAGUUUAAAUGCACGACCCCAUAAGCGGCAACGCUUUAAUCACCAUCGUGUUGAAAUAAAAGUUGUUGUUGUUGUUGUUGUCUCCAAUAAACGGGUGGAAUGUUGCAUAUGCAUUAGAAUAAUACAAACAAGGUCUUUUAGAUCUUCUGUUUACCAGAACUGGAUGGACAAUACGCUGGUAUUUCACUAACAAAGACAACAAUGCGUUUCCAAAUUCCCCAUGGUGAAUCAGUGGACCACAUCUCCACAGUAUGCUAAUUUCAGAAGUUUCAUUGAAGCACAGACAUGAUGAGGAGAAAAAAGUCAUCUCAAGAGCCAGAGAAUGACUUUCCUUCAGAUACAGAUGCCAGAAAUGUUUGGGCCGGAUGUUAGCAGGACUCCUCCACUUACAUUUAUAAGUAAAUGAACUCCCUGAAGUCAAAAAGCACACAAACAUUAUGGAGAGCAAAAAAAAGCAUCUGACCUCCAUAGGUUCCAUGGGCUUCUAACAUAACGGGAGACUGUGAGUCCUGUGGUGUUACAAACUACCUUAUAGUGUGAAGUCUCUGCAUAUUGGUCGCAACUGAAACAAAAAGCUUUUUUUCACUUUGCCACACUAACAGCUUCAAUGCAUUCUUCCUGCACUGGAUCCAACUUUUGAAAUUAUAAGUGGCAACAAUACCCAGUAAUAUCAAGCUCCUGAUUUUCAAAGCAAACAGAAAGAUGUUAUCUAAUAUGAUGACAUUGAGUAUAAAAUAUUGUCAGUAAAGUAAUGAAAUUACCAACAUCAUGAAUUUUGAUUCUUGUCAAAAAAAAAAAGGAGCAGAACAUUUAAGUUAGAUAUUAACUUGUUUACAUUUUGCAAUGUUACUGCUAUUCCCCUAAAAUGAUUGUUUACAUCAUAUUAAUUUUUCUGAAAAUUUUUGCACUAUUAGUUUAAAUUGGUACAAUAGAUGUGCAUGAUGACAUAAGAGUUUAGGAGCUCACUAGGCCUUCUGGGAGAGAGCCUGGAAAAAAAAUGUGUUGUAUUCUUGUAGCCAUCUUGAUCUGUGUACCUUUAGUGAAUCUAUGGAAUCUUGUGCAAUCCAGGAGAAGUUUUGACCCCUUGGAGUGCUGUAACCUUUAGGAAUUAAACCCAACAAUCCUUGGAAUAAAAUACAGUUCAAAUUCUUCUACAAUAGAUAAAUAUGUACAAAUUUGAUGCAUGUUCAUGACAAAAAAUAAUUUGAUUUUCAUACCAAACAGAGAAAUUGUAAUCCAAUAUGAUGACACUAUAUAAAGUCUGGUCAGUAGAGUGAUGAAAUUACCAACAUCAUGACUUUGAUUUCCAAUCAAAAACUAGUUAUUAUUGAGAAAAGGACCAGGAUAUUCAAUAGAGUAGUUACCUUUGAUUACAUUUUCAAAUGUUACUGUCACUUCUAAUUCAUACACGGUCACCUUUAUAAGUUUGUAUACCUUGACAUUGUUGACACUUGGUACAAGAUUUUUAAAGCAGUAGUUAAUGAACAUCUCCCACUCAAACAAAAUAGAGUAAAAUGCAGAAAUCAACCCAAGUGGUUCAAUGUCAAUAUUUUGAAAGAAAUUAGAAAAAGAGAUAAUUCACUAAAGAAAGCAAGAAAAAGUAAUUUGGAAAGAGACUGGAACCUGUACAAACAAGAAAAAAACAGUGUCUCCAGUUUGAUCAGGAGGAGAAAGCAGGCUUAUUAUAAGAAUAAAAUAAGUGAAAACAAAAUCAACACCAGGAAACUAUGGAAUCUCAUAAAGAGUUUGUCAUGUGACGAUGAUGAAUCUCAAUCUAGUAUUGAAAAGUUGAUUGAUAGCGGCAAUGUCAUCACGGACAAAACCAGUACAGCUGAACUAUGA